AUGAACUCGUUUUCAUGUCAUAUAAAAUCCAUCUUGUCACUUCCAACUCACCAUUUUACGUAUUCAAGCCACUCGAAAUUCCAAAUCAUCAAGGUCAUCAGACCUUCACGUGGUGACCGCUUUACAGUAGACACUGGAGGAAUCAGUAGAGGCACACAAACAUCAGGCAUGACUCUGCGCAACCAAAAGGGCGAUGUGUCUUCAUCUAUCCACAAAAACCUAUCUCCAUCCUUCUCUACAAGACUGAAUACUUCAAAAUCUGCACCGUUUGCUAUCAUGUCUGUUGAAUUGCCACCGGGUCUUCCUACAAUCACAAACCCUGUUUUCAACGAAUUUUCCCCACCUGCCCACAUUCCAUUCUCUGGGUUCAAACAACAUGUUGUUAAUACCGUAUCCCACAACAACCAAAACGGCAGUGUUCAAAAGAACAAUCAUCAAAAUCAGAAGUCAGAAAAAUCGAGAUAUGUGACUCCUAAAAAAGAAGUUAACCGUAAUCCAACAGGCAACGGAGCCACACCAAACACAUGUCAAAACAGCAACAACACAAAAAGUAUGCAACCGUUCCAAUGGGUCAGUCCUUUGCCGUUCGCAAUGAACUCAGUUCCCAUUCGUGGAAUCAAGAACGAACAAGGCAUUGUCAAGUAUCCACUUCUUCUGUGCUCACAAGAGGGAACUCUGAUGAUAUCGAUGGCUGCUGGUGUGAUUGUUGAGCUGUGUCUUGAUCGUAGUUUUCGUGUCGUUUGCAACACUGACUUCAUGGCAUAUGUGAAUUCGAAUGGCUCUGUAUCCAGCAUUCUUCACAAGUACGCGAAAAUCGUUCAUGGAAAGGAGCAUGUUCAUUGCAAAUUCCUGAAUUCGAACGACCGAAUGGCUGUGCUUGGUCCAGAAGGAAUUCUGUUUAGUAUGGAUUCUCUAACAGAAGCGUAUCUAUUGAGCAGUGCUCAUGAGUCAGGACCUUCUGCAAGCGCUCUGGAGAAGCCAGAAUUCCCUAUUCAAAACAUGGAUUAUACAAUCCAGCAAAUGUAUUUAGAAUCUAAUAUUGGAGCUGCGAAUAAUGAGAAGUGCGAUGCAAUUAUGCAGAAGGCUAAAUACGAGAAAUAUCCAGAUGGGACGCUGAUUGUGCACAUCAACGGGAUGCUCUUGAAAAGUAAUUCACAAACUGGCGAGGUGACAAUCGAGGCCAAGCCGAUCAAGUUGAGUGUCAACCCAACGACUCUCACUGCCCAGCUAAGAAGUGCCCACAUCGAUAUGGCGAUUCAGGUGAUAAUAAUUUUAUCAUUUUUAAAAAUAAUGUUUUUAAUUCAGGACAAAGACAAGUGCUAUGUGAAACGAGGAGACAAACGAAUCCACACUUCUCGUUCUGGAAUGGUCGUUUCUGAUGGAACUUGUACUAUUUCAAUGGAUCAGUUUGGACGUAUCCUCGCCUGCUCAUAA